CUACGUAUUUCGUGUUCACUUGUCUUUCUAAGAUAUAAUAAGUUUAAACUGUUAUUAUGCUGAUUGUCAAAAGAAUGUUAAAAUAGGUUACGUGAGAAAUGAUAUUAAAUGUGUAUUAAUAUUUGCUAUUAAAUAUAGAAGUAAUUCAUCAACAUGUAUGUCUUGAUAUGACGUAUAAUGCACAAAAACAAUUUAGACUGAAGAUGGCUUAAGAACAUUUUUCUUAGAUGUUAUUUUAAUUGUAUAAAAGACUAUAAAAUGUGUUCAAUUAUAGUUACAAAUGCAUAUUAUUGAAGGUAUAAUUUCUCUUAAUGUUGAUGUAGAAAGAUUAUCUUAAAAUAUUUCUAUAAGCAAUUAUAAUGGAAGCACAAACAGAUACUUCUGUUUUGCGACCUCCAGUUACUUUAAGAAAUAUUAAUACUGGCAAUGGUUUUUAUACACCUUUAACUUCAUUUGCUGAAAUGUGGUAUCACAUAUUUUUAUGGGCCCUAUUUUCUUCAAUUUUUGUUCACACUAUAGCUGGUGCUAUUUGUUUUGCUACAUUAAGACAACAUAAAUAUGGAAAAUUCUUCCCAUUGCUGAUUAUAAUAAUGGGCAUAUUAUUGCCACUAACAUCAGGAGUUCUUAGCUCUGCUGCUGUUGCUUUUGUAUACAGAGCAUCUCGAUAUCCACUGCCACCAUUGUACGCAUUAUUUUGGGGUAUUGGUCAAACUGUUGUAGCAGGAUGUGUUGGAUUCACAAGGAUAUUAGCAACUUUAUAAUGUGAAUCAAAGUUUGUAAAUAAAUGAGCCACAAGACAUUAUUAUUCAGGAAUAUUGUAUGUAAUAUAUAAUGAGGAGUUUUAAAAUUUGAAAACAAAUAGUAUUUUGUUUUAGUAUUAGUA